GUUUCUCGCCCCCUCUUCGUCUUUUCUAACCGUGCAGCCUCUUUCUCGGCUUCUCCUGAAAGGGAAGGUGGAAGCCGUGGGCUCGGGCGGGAGCCGGCUGAGGCGCGGCGGCGGCACCUCCCGCUCCUGGAGCGGGGGGGAGAAGCGGCGGCGGCGGCGGCGGCCGCAGCUCCGGGGAGGGGGUCGGAGUCGCCUGUCACCAUUUCCAGGGCUGGGAACGCCGGAGAGUUGGUCUCUCCCCUUCUACUGCCUCCAACACGGCGGCGGCGGCGGCGGCACAUCCAGGGACCCGGGCCGGUUUUAAACCUCCCCUCCGCCGCCGCCGCACUCCCCCUGGCCCGGGCUCCGGAGGCCGCCGGAGGAGGCAGCCGUUCCGAGGAUUAUUCUUCUCCCCAUUCCGCUGCCGCCGCUGCCAGACCCCUGGCUGCUGAGGAGAAGCAGGCCCAGUCGCUGCAACCAUCCAGCAGCCGCCGCAGCAGCCAUUACCCGGCUGCGGUCCAGAGCCAAGCGGCAGCAGAGCGAGGGGCAUCAGCCACCGCCAAGUCCAGAGCCAUUUCCAUCCUGCAGAAGAAGCCCCGCCACCAGCAGCUUCUGCCAUCUCUCUCCUCCUUUUUCUUCAGCCACAGGCUCCCAGACAUGACAGCCAUCAUCAAAGAGAUCGUUAGCAGAAACAAAAGGAGAUAUCAAGAGGAUGGAUUCGACUUAGACUUGACCUAUAUUUAUCCAAACAUUAUUGCUAUGGGGUUUCCUGCAGAAAGACUUGAAGGUGUAUACAGGAACAAUAUAGAUGAUGUAGUAAGAUGUGCUGAAAGACAUUAUGAUACCGCCAAAUUUAAUUGCAGAGUUGCACAGUAUCCCUUUGAAGACCAUAAUCCACCACAGUUAGAACUUAUCAAACCCUUUUGUGAAGAUCUUGACCAAUGGCUAAGUGAAGAUGACAAUCAUGUUGCAGCAAUUCACUGUAAAGCUGGAAAGGGACGAACUGGUGUAAUGAUUUGUGCAUAUUUGUUACAUCGGGGCAAAUUUUUAAAGGCACAAGAGGCCCUAGAUUUCUAUGGGGAAGUAAGGACCAGAGACAAAAAGGGAGUAACUAUUCCCAGUCAGAGGCGCUAUGUGUAUUAUUAUAGCUACCUGUUAAAGAAUCAUCUGGAUUAUAGACCAGUGGCACUGUUGUUUCACAAGAUGAUGUUUGAAACUAUUCCAAUGUUCAGUGGUGGAACUUGCAAUCCUCAGUUUGUGGUCUGCCAGCUAAAGGUGAAGAUAUAUUCCUCCAAUUCAGGACCCACACGACGGGAAGACAAGUUCAUGUACUUUGAGUUCCCUCAGCCAUUGCCUGUGUGUGGUGACAUCAAAGUAGAGUUCUUCCACAAACAGAACAAGAUGCUAAAAAAGGACAAAAUGUUUCACUUUUGGGUAAACACAUUCUUCAUACCAGGACCAGAGGAAACCUCAGAAAAAGUAGAAAAUGGAAGUCUAUGUGAUCAAGAAAUUGAUAGUAUUUGCAGUAUAGAGCGUGCAGAUAAUGACAAGGAAUAUCUAGUACUCACUUUAACAAAAAAUGAUCUCGACAAAGCAAAUAAAGACAAGGCCAACCGAUACUUUUCUCCAAAUUUUAAGGUGAAGCUAUACUUCACAAAAACAGUAGAGGAGUCAUCAAAUCCAGAGGCUAGCAGUUCAACUUCUGUAACACCAGAUGUUAGUGACAAUGAACCUGAUCAUUAUAGAUAUUCUGACACCACUGACUCUGAUCCAGAGAAUGAACCUUUUGAUGAAGAUCAGCAUACACAAAUUACAAAAGUCUGAUUUUUUUUUUUUUAUCAAGAGGGAUAAAACACCAUGAAAACAAACUUGAAUAAACUGAAAAUGGACCUUUUUUUUUUUUUUAAUGGCAAUAGGACAUUGUGUCAGAUUACCAGUUAUAGGAACAAUUCUCUUUUCCUGACCAAUCUUGUUUUACCCUAUACAUCCACAGGGUUUUGACACUUGUUGUCCAGUUGAAAAAAGAUUGUGUAGUGUCAUGUAUAUACCUUUUUGUGUCAAAAGGACAUUUAAAAUUCAAUUAGGAUGAAUAAAGAUGGCACUUUCCCAUUUUAUUCCAGUUUUAUAAAAAGUGGAGACAGACUGAUGUGUAUACGUAGGAAUUUCUCAUUUUGUGUUCUGUCACCAACUGAAGUGGCUAAAGAGCUUUGUGAUACACAGGUUCACAUCCUACCCCUUUGCACUUGUGGCAACAGAUAAGUUUGCAGUUGGCUAAGAGGAGUUUCUAAAAGGUUUUGCUACAUUCUAAUGCAUGUAUUCGGGUUAGGGGAAUGGAGGGAAUGCUCAGAAAGGCAUUUGUUGUGUGCUGGAUUCUGGACCAUAUACCAUCUCCAGCUAUUUACACGCACCUUUCUUUAGCAUGCUACAGUUAUUAAUCUGGACGUUUGAGGAAUUGGCCGCUGUCACUGCUUGUUAUUUGUGCAUUUUAUUUUUUUUAAGCAUAUUGGUGCUAGAAAAGGCAGCUAGAGGGAGUGAAUCUGUAUUGGGGUACAGGAAUGAACCUUCCACAACAUCUUCAGAAUCCACAAAUGAAGGGAUUUAAAAGUAAUGUGGUCAUAGGUAAGAAACACAGCAACAAUGACUUAACCAUACAAAUGUGGAGGCUAUCAACAAAGAAUGGGCUUGAAACAUUAUAAAAAUUGACAAUGAUUUAUUAAAUAUGUUUUCUCAGUUGUAAUGACUGCUCCAUCUCCUGUGUAAUCAAGGCCAGUGCUAAAAGUCAGAUGCUAUUAGUACCUACAUCAGUCAACAACUUACACUUAUGUUAUUAGUUUUCAAUCAUGUACCUGCUGUGGAUGCUUCAUGUGCUGCCUACAAGCUUCUUUUUUCUCAUUAAAUAUACAAUAUUUUGUAAUGCUGCACAGGAAAUUUCAAUUUGAGAUUCUACAGUAAGCGGUUUUUUUUCUUUAAAAAUUUAUGAUGCACUUAUUCAAUCCAAUAGAUGUCAGCCGUUCCACCCUUUUGACCUUACACAUUCUAUUACAAUGAGUUUUGCAGUUUUGCACAUUUUUUAAAUGUCAUUAACUGUUAGGGAAUUUUACUUGAAUAUUGAAUACAUAUAAUGUUUAUAUUUAAAAGGACGUUAUUUGUGUUAAAAAGGAAAUUAGAGUUGCAGUAAAUUUUCAACACUGCACAAAUAAUAAGUCAUUUACUUUUUCAGUAGAAAUUGUCCCACAUAAUGCUUUUAUCAAUUUGCUAUUGAAAGAAUAGAUUUUUUUAAAUGUGCAGUGUUGAAUCAUUUUUCAUAGUGCUAGAGUUAGGAUUAGGGCUUCAAUUUCACUUCUUAAAUAUCAUAUAUUUGAUAUGCCCAGACUGCAUAUGAUUUUAAGCAGAGUACAACUACUAUUGUAAAGUUAAUGUGAAGAUAUGAUUAAAAAUAAUUUUUUUCCCAGAAAUUUGAUAUCUUUCAAAUUACACCUUGACCUUGAAACAUUUGACUAUCCAGCCAAUUUAUUUCUUAUUGGUGUAAAAUCUCAUUUUCAAUAACUUAUUGGUGCUGAAAUUGUUCACUAGCUGUGGUCUGACCUAGUUAAUUUACAAAUACAGAUUGCAUAGGACCUACUAGAGCAGCAUUUGUAGAGUUUGAUGGUAAAUAGAUUAGGCAGAACUUCAUCUAAAAUAUUCUUUACUAAAUAAUCUUGACAUGUUUUCCAUACCUUGUCAGUUUCAUUCAAAAAAUAAGGUUUUAAAAUUUUUUUAACAAAGCGGUUAGUAUUUACACAUUUAUAUUUAAACAUUGAUAUGUAGAGAAUUGAUUGACUGCUCAUAAGUUAAAUUGGUAAAGUUAGAGACACCUAUUUCUCAGCCCUUAUCAUUGAAAUUUAUCUCACCUUGUCUUUCAUAAAAGCUGAAAACUGUUGACUAAAAUGAAAAUCAACUAUUUGUGUUUUGAAGAUAGUUAUUAAUACUGUUGUUUGUUACAGUUUUGGGCACAGUAUAUUAAAGCAUAACUUGUAUUGUUCCAAUAUGUAACAUGGAGGGCCAGGUCAUAAAUAAUGACAUUAUUAUGGGCUUUUGCACUGUUAUUAUUUUUCCUUUGGAAUGUGAAGGUCUGAAUGAGGGUUUUGAUUUUGAAUGUUUCGAUGUUUUUGAGAAGCCUUGCUUACAUUUUAUGGUGUAGUCAUUGGAAAUGGAAAAAUGGCAUUAUAUAUAUUAUAUAUAUAUAAAUAUAUAUUAUACAUACUACUCUCCUUUAUUUCAGUUACCAUGCCCAUAGAAUUUGACAAGAAUUGCUAUGACUGAAAGGUUUCCGAGUCCUAAUUAAAACUUUAUUUAUGACAGUAUUCAUGAUUAGCCUGAAAUGCAUUCUGUAGGUAAAUCUCUUUGAGUUUCUGGAAUGUUUUCUUAGACUUUUUGGAUGUGCAGCCGCUUACUUGUCUGAAGUUACUUGAAGGCAUCACUUUUAAGAAAGCUUACAACUGGGGCCCUGUACCAUCCCAAGUCCUCUGUAGCUCCUCUUGAACAUUUUUCUGCCAUAAUUAUUAAAGGGUAGUUGAGUAAAUAGCAUCACCAUUCUUCACUGUGGCACAGGUUAUAAACUUGAGUGGAGUUUACCGGCAGCAUCAAAUGUUUCAGCUUUAAAAAAUAAAAGUAGGGUACAAGUUAAUGUUUAGUUCUAGAAAAUUUGUGCAAUAUGUUCAUAACGAUGGCUGUGGUUGCCACAAAGUGCCUCGUUUACCUUUAAAUACUGUUAAUGUGUCAUGCAUGCAGAUGGAAGGGGUGGAACUGUGCACUGAAGUGGGGGCUUUCACUGCAGUGUUUGGCAGAGUUGCCUUCUACCCUGCCAGUUCAAAAGUUCAAUCUGUUUUCAUAUAGAAUAUAUAUACUAAACAAUUUCAGUCUGUUCAACAGCCUUACUCUGAUUCAGCCUCUUCAGAUACUCGUGUGCUGCGCAGCAGUGGCUCUGUGUGUAAAUGCUAUGCACUGAGGAUACACAAGAAAUACCAUGUGUACAGGAUAAUGCCUCCUGCCAAUCAGAUGUCCACUUGUUACUGUGUUUGUUAACAACCCUUUAUCUCUUAGUGUUAUAAACUCCACUUAAAACUGAUUAAAGUCUCAUUCUUGUCA